UCUCACAUAAAGACUGAGGAAGACCCUGCCCUCUCCUCACUUCUCUGGACUUGGCCCUGAGCUGCACCUGGUCCACUGGGGUAGGCGGGGCGAUGGGGAACCUGUUUAUGCUCUGGGCAGCUCUGGGCAUAUGCUGUGCUGCAUUCAGUGCCUCUGCCUGGUAAGUCCUUUCCCAACCCUCACUCCUUGCCAAGGAGGCCCCCAUUGUCUCAUCCCCAUUCACCUCUGCCUUACUUUUUGUCUUUUUGGUAGGUCAGUGAACAAUUUCCUGAUAACAGGUCCCAAGGCCUAUCUGACCUACACGACUAGCGUGGCCUUGGGUGCCCAGAGUGGCAUUGAGGAGUGCAAGUUCCAGUUUGCUUGGGAACGCUGGAACUGCCCUGAAAAUGCUCUUCAGCUCUCCACCCACAACCGGCUGAGAAGUGCUACCAGAGAGACUUCCUUCAUACAUGCUAUCAGCUCUGCUGGAGUCAUGUACAUCAUCACCAAGAACUGUAGCAUGGGUGACUUCGAAAACUGUGGCUGUGAUGGGUCAAAAAAUGGAAAAACAGGAGGCCAUGGCUGGAUCUGGGGAGGCUGCAGUGACAACGUGGAAUUUGGGGAAAGGAUCUCCAAACUCUUUGUGGACAGUCUGGAGAAGGGGAAGGACGCCAGAGCCCUGAUGAAUCUUCACAACAACAGGGCCGGCAGACUGGCAGUGAGAGCCACCAUGAAAAGGACGUGCAAAUGUCAUGGCAUCUCUGGGAGCUGCAGCAUACAGACGUGCUGGCUGCAGCUGGCUGACUUCCGGGAGAUGGGAGACUACCUAAAGGCCAAGUAUGACCAGGCGUUGAAAAUUGAAAUGGAUAAGCGGCAGCUGAGAGCUGGGAACAGCGCCGAGGGCCACUGGGUGCCCGCUGAGGCCUUCCUUCCUAGCGCAGAGGCGGAACUGAUCUUUUUAGAGGAAUCACCAGAUUACUGUACCUGCAAUUCCAGCCUGGGCAUCUAUGGCACAGAGGGUCGUGAAUGCCUACAGAACAGCCACAACACAUCCAGGUGGGAGCGACGUAGCUGUGGGCGCCUGUGCACUGAGUGUGGGCUGCAGGUGGAAGAGAGGAAAACUGAGGUCAUAAGCAGCUGUAACUGCAAAUUCCAGUGGUGCUGUACGGUCAAGUGUGACCAGUGUAGGCAUGUGACCAUGUCCAACCCAGCUGUGCUGCUGGGAAUCAGGAGAAUAGAAGCAAAAAAUGAAAGAGUUCUGUUCAGACUCCUGAAGAGCAGCCUGUGGCUACAAAUCUAUGCUGAUAAAUGAGGUAAAGACCACAUAUCUGCCUACUGGGAAGUUUUAGAGUGUUGGAUUAUUUUUCCCCCAAGUAUGCGCUUUUGAAAAGUUCUUCCUCCAGCCUGGACAACAUAGGAAGACACCAUCUCUACACAAAAUUUAACAAUUAGCUAGGUGUGGCGGCACUUGCCUGUAGUCCUAGAUACUUAGGAGGCUGAGGUGAAAGGAUCACUGGAGCCCAGGAGAUUGAGACUACAGUGAGGUGUGAUUGUGCCAUUGCACUCCAGCCUGGGCAACAGAACUGAGACCCUGUCUAAAAAAUAAAUAAAUAAAUAAAUAAAUAAAUAAAUAAUAAAGAGAAAAGAAAAUAAAUUCUUCCCACCCACACCUGGGGAAACCAGCACCCAGUAUAACCUGGGGGUCUUUGCAGCUCAUAAACCAUCUCUGGAGCCAUGGAAAGGGAAUCGUGGCAGUCAGUGGACAGGCGACUAUGACCUACCCAGACAAGGUCCCACAAGAGCGAUGCUCCUCAGAGAGCUGGGGACUCCUCUGUUGUUUUCCCAGAUUAAGAACUCAACUGUAUUUUGCAAUAAAUGCUUCUAAGAUAUAUCCAGCUGGGACUUCUAUUACUCCCUUUGGAAACCUUAAGAUCAAAAAGGGAGUAAGAAACCCUGCUUCUGUAUCCCAGUAAUCCGCCAGGAUAAAGGAGAAACUAGAAAUAUCCAACUCCCUUGAUUUCAGUGUUUGGCAGGUAAUAAAAAAUUGAGACCCAGACACUGGUCAACAAGAAAACAAUACAGACUCCCAGAAUUAGAAAGUGUUAUUUUAAUGCAACCUAGGUAACUUGGGGAGUAAGGAAGCCCUUUGAACUUGGGCCAUAUUCAAAGUGUGUUUGCCCUCUUAACUUGGGCAUCCUGGGGUGUCUGUACACCAAGACCUGGGCCCCAGGGCAAGAGACAAAAAGAGUUGUGGAUUCUACCUACCUGCAUUUGCACUUCCACAUCUUCCAAUGGUAAUCUUUGGAGGAGGGGUAGUUUCCCAUAAGGAGAGCCCUGGGAGCUUAGCCACUGGUUUCCUAAAUCUGAAUAUCUCAGCCUUGGGAAUCUCUGCUGUCUGCACAGGCUUGCACCCUGCCUAGAGGAGAUAUUUUGAAUAUGUUGAAUAAAAAGUAAAAAUGAUCACCAAAAAUGGGAAAAAAAAACCCUAGCUUAUUGUUUUAAAUUAGAAAACAAUUUAAGUGUUCAAAGUAGGAUAAACAAGUAAAUCAUAACCUUACAGUAUUAACCACUAAAAUAUUCUUGAGAAAUACUUAGUAAUAUGGAAAACACACAUGAUAGAAUUAAGUGAACAAAGUUGAUUGCAAAAUGGCAUGUUCAGGAUGAAUCCAAUUUUGUUUUUGUGGCAAUGUGCAAAUAUUUGCCAUUAUGUGGUACCAAAGUAGAGUGAUUUGUUUUCCUUUUGUGUUUUUCUGUAUUUUUACGUUUGCCUACAAUAAAUAUUUGUUG